AUGGCGGAUGGUGGAGGAGGAGCCGUGCAAGAAGAGAUUGGCAGAGAUAUGGUCGAAGGGCAACGAAAAAUGUCUGAACCAGCACAACCUGCAAACAAUCAUCAAGCACAGAAAAGCGAAGCGUCAAAGAAAUCAUUGAAAAAGAAAGUGGAAGUGUUGCUUAAAGCCGCUGGAGAUGCCUCUAUUAUGGUGAAAAAGAAAUGGGUAGUGGAUGGAUCAAAACAAGUGUCAUAUAUUAUAGAAUUUAUUAGGAAGUACAUCAAAUGCGAGCAACAAGACUCAUUGUGCUUUGGAGCUGAUGGAAAGUUAGUUCUUCAUUACUGUAAGACGCAAGCAUGGGGAUAA